AUGCCAAUGGGCCACUUGGAGUAUCCACAUUGCUAUCCGAAGGUAAGAUUUUUUGGAGCACAUCACGGCUUGAUAUUUGAUUUUGACGUAUCCAAAGACGCAGCAAGAUUCCUAGACCGACUACCUUCAUGGAAUACAUCAGAUAAUUCACUCAUUUUUCAAGCGUUCGAGUGGCAUGUCCCCUCGGAUAAGCGCCAUUGGUAUCGCUUGAAAUGUUUACUUCCGGAAUGGCAAGCGAUGGGUAUUGAUCACAUAUGGAUCCCGCCGGGUUGUAAGGGCAUGGACCCCAACGGGAAUGGGUAUGAUAUCUACGAUCUCUUCGACCUUGGAGAAUUUGAUCAAAAAGGCGCCAUUUCGACCAAAUGGGGAGACUUCAUGGAACUGCAAGAGAUGAUACGCGAAGCGAAAUUUCUUGGAGUCAACGUCAUUUGGGAUGCAGUUCUGAACCAUAAAGCCGGGGCGGACUAUUCUGAAGGCUUCCAAGCCAUUGCCGUUGACCCGAAAGAAAGAAACAAAGAUAUAUCCAGUCCACAAGAAAUUCAUGGCUGGACAGGCUUCGAUUUCUCCGGUCGCGGAGAUAAGUAUAGUAGCAUGAAAUAUCACUGGCAACACUUCACAGGUGUCGAUUGGGACCAGAAACUGGAGACGAACGACAUUUAUAAAAUACUUGGGCCUGAAAAGGACUGGGCAUCAGACGUUUCGACAGAGAAUGGAAAUUAUGACUACCUCAUGUUUGCCGAUCUUGAACACUCGAACCCCGAAGUCUGCGCCGAUCUUCUUCACUGGGGUUCCUGGAUCACGAACCUUUUGUCUAUCAGUGGAAUGAGACUCGAUGCUGCGAAACAUUUCUCAACUCGGUUUCAAAAGAAGUUUAUUCAACACGUUCGAGAUAACUCCAAUCCCAAAUUCUUCGUGAUAGGAGAAUACUGGGCUCACAAUGUCUCUGACAUUCAAGACUAUUUGGAGAACCUUGACUACCAGGCUAUGGCAUACGAUGUGCCUCUUCUGAAGAAGUUUUCUACAAUUUCGGAAACUCCAUGCGCCGACUUACGCACCAUCUUCAGUGAUACUCUGGUACAAUCAAGGCCUGGCCAUGCGGUGACCUUUGUUGCGAAUCAUGACACGCAACCUGGACAAAUGCUCGAGACCCCUGUCGCCUCGUCAUUCAAACUAGCCGCAUAUGCUUUGAUACUCCUCAGAAAGGAUGGACUUCCCUGUAUAUUCUACGGCGAUAUGUAUGGGCUGAACGUGGAAGGUUCAAGGGCGCCGGCAUGCGACGGAAAGCUCCCACUUUUGGCGCAAGCACGCAAGCAGUUCGCCUAUGGAGAGCAAGAAAAUUACUUCGAUGAGCCAAAUUGUGUUGGGUUCGUGCGCUACGGAAACGCCAAUCACUCCGGCCUGGCCUGUCUUAUCAGCAACGGCGGCCGAAGCAAAAAACGCAUGUUCAUUGGUAGACAACAUACGAACACACAAUGGAUAGAUAUAUUAGGCUACCAUGACAGGCGAGUCGUUAUCGACAAACGAGGCUAUGGCAAUUUCCCAAUUAACGCCUCAUGCGUUGGAGUUUGGGUGGAAGCUACUGCCGUGCGACGAGAUCACUUGGAAAAGAACUUGUACGCUAGGUUAUUCCUACUCUAG